CUCCACGCUAUGCUCUGAGCAUGGUGACUACCACCACUUCCUAUCCAAAGCGCACAUCUACUCGCCCGCACUCAGACACAGCUGUUGGUCGAGAGGGAAGAGGCCAUGAUAACGAGGCGGGCGGUGUACUAUGCAAGGAGAGGAAAGUUCAGGCAGUGGAAGGUCAGGGGGUACAUGGCCAGCAAGUGGGAAGUUAGCGGAGAGGAUACGAAGGGGAGGCUGAACGAGUUUAAGAGGGUUGGUGAUGAGGAAGGGCUGGAAGUUGGGGUGUAUAGUCUGGGAGAGAGGUAUGGCGGGUUUUUGGUCGAUAAUAGUCAGGUUAAACCUGGUUGGAGGUGGAUCAAUGUCGAGCGGGCCAAGGCUUUGAAAGGGCAGGAGGUUGGAUAAGAAGAGGGAGGAGCUAGUUCACUAGAGUGAAGACUAUUAGUCGGUGUCAC